AUGGGUCGCGCCACUUUACGCGGUGGCAUUGACUCGGACCAGAUACGUUCUAUACUUUCUGACUUACGAACCGCCGCUCGUGCACUUAACACUACUGGGCCUCUUCAUCUGCUCUACCUCUGUGUACCCGCUCGUGAUGCUAUUGAACAAGUGAAAGUGGAUUGGGCGAUCCUAUUUGAAAGUGUUACUCAUCUUUCCGGGGAAGCAGGCAUUCUUGGACUUAUAGGCUUCACUGAGGCCUAUUUAAUGCGCAAGGCCACCACCGGACAUGCAGGACCGGUCUGUGAAUUAUUUUAUUAUUUGCUUUUUUAUUUAUUGUUAGCAUCGGGCUCUAUCUGUUAA